AUGGCUUCCCUACCAGCGGAAGAGAAAUAUGGCUACGAAGAUAGUCGUUUUGAAAAGGCUGUCGAUGCCCACUUUCAUUGCUCGAUCUGCUACAAUGUUCUGAAGGAACCAAUGAUGUGUAGCAAUAAUGAACACAUAUUUUGCCGUGGCUGUAUCACUGAACACUUAACUGUGAACUCGCAUACUUGCCCAGAAUGUAACGAGGACUUGACUAUCGAAACACUUCGUCGGGCCCCGCGUCUGGUCAACAAUUAUUUAUCUGAACUUAAGAUAAACUGUAGUUAUUCUAGUCGCGGUUGUUCGGAGUUCAUUCGUCUGGAAGAGGUGGAUUCUCAUGUUGAGAAUUGCGGCUUUGCCCCAGUGGAGUGUUCGAACGAGGAAUGCGGAAUGGUGAUUAAUAAACGAGAAUUGAUUCAUCACGAGAGCACAGUAUGCGAGUACAGGAAAGUCAAGUGUCAUUCUUGUCAAAAGUUAGAGCAAGAUAUAGAAGAAAUGAAGGAGGAUGUGGAAGAAAUGAAGAAGAAAAUGGCAUCCAAAGUGGAUGUAGACCAAGUAAAGGCUUUGAUGGUCCAGAUGUUUGAAAAAUUACGUUUCCUUGAAAACACCAUUCAGAUUUCAUCUGCUAUCAACCACGCAUCGAAUGCAUUAACGGAAGACAUCUUGGUAGCAGGGGGCUGGGGCAAAGGUGUUAAACGUUUAAAAUCUGUUGAACGAUUUUCGUGGAAGAAUAAUGUAUGGAGAAGAGUGUCCUGGAUGAAUAAUGAUCGUGCAGGAGCAACGUCGUUUGUUUACGAGAGUCGAGUAUUUGUCGCCGGUGGAUGUGACAGUGAUGUAAUUGAGGUAUUAAAUUUGAAUAACAAUUAUUUGCAAUGGGGUGAAUUGGUGGCCACCUUGCCCUAUUACUGUGUGCGCCUCCUCUCUGUAAUUUAUCAGAACCGUGUAAUUUUUUUCUGCACAUGUGAUGAGACUGCUACCGUGGAUUCAUGUGUAGAAUUUUGUCUCACUGAACCUUACACAUAUAAGGAGUUGUGUAGCAUGCCUGAGCCCGCACGCAAACAUUACAGGGUGGUUGCAUUUGAGCACAAAGUCUUGAUUUUUGGAGGAAAGAGUGGCGUUCAGAUCCUCGAUGACGUGUUGGAGUUUGAUCUUACUACGAACACGUUUAAAGCGAUGCCUCCGUUACCCUGUGCUUUGCAAGAAAUGGCGACAGUUCGUUGGGGAGAUCAAGCAAUUUUGAUUGGAGGUUUGGAUAAAGAUGGCUACUCAAAAAAAGUUCACAUGUAUAAUUCCAAAUCGGGUCACACCACUGAACUGCCACCUAUGACGGAAGAAAGAGCUGGAUGCUGUGCGGUCAUUACUGGCAAUACAAUCGUUGUAAUGGGCGGAAAGGGAAAGGGAAAAGAUCGUCACAGGUCUGUCGAAGCUUUCACUUUGGGAGGUUAUUCGUGGCGGUAUCUUCCUGACAUGAAUGAUAUUAGAAGUAUUCCCACUGCAACUGUUUUACCAACGAAAAACUUACCUUGACGCUUCUAACAGUUUCAGAGCUGUAUAGGAAACGAUGUAUUUCAUUCACAUUCAUUGAUGUGUUUUUACCCUACAUCAGUCGUGAACAGACUUAUUAAAAUUUAUUUAAUAGGUUACCUUGUAUUUCUGAAACUUGGAAGUUUAACAUUAAAUGAGGUUGACACUAAGAAUAAUAUUAGGAUUGAGACUAGAAUAAGGCCAAAACAAGUGUUUGAUCAUUAAUGUACGCACGAUUAUUCAUUUUAGAAUAAAUUUUCACCUGG